AUGAAGAAUAAAAAGUCAAUAGAUUUUGGCAACCAAGAUUUGAAUUUGCAACAGAAUCAAUCAGAAGGUCUGGUCAAUAAGAUUUCUGACUUGUCAAAUCGACUUCCACAAGAUCCUCAAGAUAUACCCUUGGCUGAUCUUAAUCCAUCUAGAAUGUCUGAAUCGGAGUUGUUAACCGAAGACUAUGAGAGAGAAUCAGUGGAUGAAUACGUGAGGCUAUAUCAUCGAAAUAGAAAAGAAAGAUGGCUCUACAAGACAAAACUGUUUUUCCAAAAAUUGUGGAACGGCCCGGAAGAGCCUAGGGAUGAUUACGCACCCCGAAUAUCAAAGUUGGAGUUUCUUGAAGAACUACCGGUUAAAUUUAACCAAAAUAUACCAUUGUCAUAUAGAAGAAUCUUGCUAACUGUGUAUCUUUUAUUCUGGUUUGGGUUGUGCUACUCAAUCUUGAUCCCUUACUUGACAGUGCCUCCUUAUUCGUCUGAUGAAUCCACCACCCCACACAUUCAUAGUCUAACGUGUCUGUCACUGCGUGAAUUUUGGGACGGCAAAAAUGCCGCAUGCGGAUUGAAUGGAGAAUCGUGUCCUGAGAUUGCCAAACACAGUGGUGGCAAUGAUGUGGUGAUACGAUGUCCAGCCUUGUGUGAUCGUGGAAGCUGGACGUAUUCUUUGAUUCCAAUAGGUGAUCAAAGGAUCAAACAUAGAGGUUACUUUAUUGGUGGUGGUGAUAAAGUUGCUACUAAAAUUGACGAUACUCAACUUACAAAUCCGUAUCGAGCCGAUUCAUAUCCCUGUGGGGCAGCGGUGCAUGCUGGGCUAGUUUCGCCUUUUUGGGGUGGGUGUGCUCGCAUAUCACACAAUAGCAAAAAUCAACCUUUUUUUGAACCAGCCAAAGGUCAUUACGGUGUGGACGAUUCCAUUGGAUUUAAAUCAUUCUUUAAGCUGUCGUUUUAUUUCAAGAUAUUGAGAAUUAACGAGGAGACAUUCCACCAAUGCCAUGAUCCUCGAAUUGUGAUACUCAUCAUAAAUGUUCUUCUUGGACUUCCUAUUGUCUACCUUGCAAGUGGUGCUGCAGUGUAUUGGAUAAUAAAUGUAGUUGGCUUUUGGACUAUUUGCUUGGCCACUGAUCCACCAAUCGUUGUGGAUGCCUCAGAUCCGCAAGACUUUGCUAGCUUGAUUUCAAUCGGUUUGGAAAGGUUUCUACCCACGUGUUCCAUCUUGUAUAUUUUAUGGCAUUGUUCAGCCAAGAGAACUCUUUCGGAGCCCACAUCUUCUGAUGAAAAGAUGUCAUAUCUCAGUCGCGUUAUCCUAUGGUAUCCAUUGUUUUGGUUAGGCGUGUUAAACAACGUGAGUUUUGACAGACUCCCUGUUGAUCGACUUACAAUCAGCGACUUGAAAGAACAGUCGGGUGCACUUUUAGCGGUUUCAUCAAUUAUCCUCACUAUUUCUAUUUGUGCAGUCAUUCAGGCUUACAAGAUCUGGUUAUCCGGUCGGUUCCGCAAAUACUUAAUGGUUUAUUCAACAUUUGUAUUGGGAUUAGUUCUUUUGGCACAGUUGCCCGGUUUGAGUUUGAGAGUGCACCACUACAUUUUAGCUAUGCUUUUAAUUCCAGGUUGUGCAACAAGGGGCCGAACGGCUCUUUUAUUCCAAGGGAUUUUAUUGGGAUUGUUUCUUUCUGGAGCAUCGAGGUGGGGUUUGGCAGCAAUUGCCGAGACUAUUACCUCACUCAAAAGAGAUGAUCCAUUGGGUAAAAUUUUACCACCGACUUUCACUGCUUAUGACUCUAGCUCGGGAACUUUGCAGUGGCAACUUAUACCUGAUGGUGUGACAAACGUGGCAGCUUAUAAUAAGUACUCUUCAAUUUCGUUGUUGAUCAAUGACAUUGAGUAUUAUGUCUUAGACAAUGUUUCCUCGCUAGAUUUGAGAAGCAUUUUGAGCAAUGCUACUGCACCGAUCUAUGAUUUAGUUGAGGAAACACUUAAAAAUGGAAUCAAGGAUAGCAACGGGGAUAUCCCCUUGUAUAUUCGAAUUGGAAGGAAAAUACCAAAUACAAAGGUGUAUAGUGAUUUCUCAAAUGCGGCUGUUUUAAAAUGGCCCAGUGGAAACCUCACGUUACCGCUACCCGGAUUAACUUGA